AUGUCGACCUCGGACGGCGGUUGUCCGACCACUCCAGAGUCUCCAACGGCCGACCAACCGCCCAGAUCCUCGACGACCUCCGUGCAUGCGUUCCCCGGCUCGAACUUGCCCCACCUCCCUCUCGAGGUUGUAAAGGAGAUCGUAUCGCACCUCGACGCCAACACCGCUGAUGGCACGCGGGCUCUCCUUUCCUGCUUGGUCGUCUCGAGCGAGCUCUGGACUUCAGCCGCCAAGACACUCUACCGGCACGUCGUGAUCAACGAAGAACUGCUGGCACGUCUCAUGAUCGCCUACCGCCAGGACGACGACAGCGUAAGCCCUCGAGCUGUCAAAGUCUUCAGCUUCGUCAAACAGUUCACCUUUGUCGGACACUGCAACAUUGGCGUGAAGGCGGUUUGGCGUCUGGCUACCCUCGUCGGCGGCGGGAUGGACAAACCACUGUUCCCGAACGUCACAAAAGUCACCUGCAGGCCGUCGGCUACCGCCGUCUACCUCCCAUACGGGAGGUACACGGAAGGACCCCCUGAAGAUAUACGUAUCUUUGGCCGUAUCGACGUCUGCUACCCAGCCGACAUGUCUGGCACCGAAAGUACACACUACAUCAAACUCAACCGACUGCCGACGAGAAGCAUAGGCCACAUGUGCCUACAUGGCCACCUCCUGACCGUCGCGAUGGUCCAAACGAUAGUAGGCGCGCUUCCAAAGUCGCGCAGGACAAGGUGCAAGGCAAUCACCUUCUUCCAUCCGGGCCCCCGCUGCGGGAAGGAACAUGUUCAGCUCAUGGAGGACAUGCUCCCUUGGCGCAAGAGGCUCCCACCUAUCACCAUUCUCUUCAAUGUCACAUCCUGGCUGGACGAGGCGAUCCAGGUUCCCAGCGAUAUCGAAGUGUUCAGUUGGAGCUACCCCGAACACGACGUUGUAAAGUCGGUCCGAGUGGAAGAUGAUGAACGCGACGCCUACCCCCGAUGUUCUGUAUGCGACAAGCAAUGGACCAAGAGAUUUGCCAAAGAAGACCCACUUCCCUAUGGCGAUUGGAUGAUGGACAAGCUGCAGGGCAUCACGCCGAAGGAAGAGAUCCAGACAACUCCCCCGGACGACCUGUGGACGAAGAACACUUGGCUUCAUCGCAGGAAGCUCGAAGCGCGGCGUUGGCUGGACGACAUGCGGACCUCACUCGCCAAGGCUUGA